AUGCGGUUGUCCCAAAACGAUAUCAAGUGGUGUCAGUGCGGUGGCGUCAGUGGAACGUUUGUUUCGACAUGUAAUGCUCAAACCAGGUUGAUCGACGUUCGUUCGAUUUCCAAAGGCAUUAGCUACCUGAACGAUAAGCUGGACACCAUAGCCAGCCUGACCGAGCCCCGGGAGAACGCCUUCCUGCGCUACCAGGACAAUCCCGCUGUGCCUCGACCCUCGCCGGUUGGUAGGACCAAUUCGGUGGCUAUCGAGGCCUCGCCUGCCCAAGCCCAAUCCCACCAUCCCGAUCCAGGAACCGCUGGUUUCGUGGAUGUCGCCCGGUGUCUGGCCGCGUUCGGACGCAUCGCAGUCAGCACCACCUAUCCCCCACUGUGCACCGCCACGCUUCCCAGUGAGGUCCACAUCAACCUCCCAUCGAAGGUCCUCGUGCGCGCCUUCGACUACCACGGCCAGCCGCAGACCACCGGCACCGACCCGAUUGUGGUGCGUUUCGUGGACGCGCACGGACGCGAGGCCCCUUCCCAACUAGUCGACCUCGGCAACGGCAGCUACGAGAUCACAAUACUGCCGAUCAACGCGGGCCCCCACAAGCUCUCCGUCAAUAUCAUCUCCCGCCCGAUUCGGGGCUCUCCCUUCAGAAUCGCUGUUCGAAGUAGACAGAAACCGCGGUGGAGUAUCAAUGAAGGUCUAGACGGUCGAGGCCUCGUGCAGCCAUUCGCGGUGUCAGUCGUUCGAUCGAGUCGUUUUCCGCCCGCUCCCGCUCCCGCCGCCACCACCAACACCACUUCCUCUUCCUCCCUUCCUUCAUCUGAAGCCUCCUCCUCUUCGUCGACUUUGAACGGCUACGAGAGUGGGGGUUGCGGCGUGGACGAAGUGGCCCAGAGCAAUGGAAGCUGCGUUCCAGCAGCGGGUGACGGCGGCGGCGGCGACGCCCCCUUCCCCUCCUCCUCGUCGUCCGACUGUGUUCUACUUCUAGACACCGGCAACAGUCGUCUUCUGGUCGCCGACGGCGAGACGGGCCAGGUGACGUCCGCCCUCGUCAACGACGCCCUCAAGGGACAAGCCGCAACCGGAAUGGCUCUCUGCCCCGAGGGUCUCUGGGUGGUCAAUUGGCGGGCGAAUGAACUCCUGUUGCUGGACAUCGCCACAAACGAGGUUCGUUCAUCGGCUUUCUUGCAUUUUAUAUGCACGGUGAUUCGGCGGCGCGUGUCAAGUCCGCACUUCGUCGAGCCGACCAGCGUGUGCGUGUGCCCGCGCACCGGCCGCGUCCUGGUGGCCGACAACGGCGCGGGGUGUGUCUUCGCCUGCCUCGACGGCACCGUCACCGCGCUGAUCGGCGCGAGCUGCUGCGACACCGCGACGGCGCCCACGACUGCCGCUGCUGGUACUGCUGGCGGUCGCGGCGCGAGGCAGUUCGACCGACUUGUGCACGACGCGCUGCGCCGCGUCACCGGCCUCUGCGUCAUGAGCUCCGGCGAGAUUGUCCUGGCCGCCGGCUCGGAACUCAGGAUAUACUCAUCCGAAGGGGCGCAUAUCGGCAACCUCUACCCUCCCCUGGGGGCAGGAUUCCUCCAGCUUCCGCAGCAGCCCCCUUCAUCAACCAAUGGCGAUGGUUUUCCCAGCCACCCCAACCAAAAUUCCCUCCGUCAGGCGCAGUGCACCACCUUGGUGCCGCCUAUCGUGGGACUCAGUUCCGCGCCUGGCAGCACCCUCACGCUGGACUCGGCUGCCCACCGGCCACUGCGACGGCCCCCCUCCGUCGGGGGUUCGAUGCGGCCGAGCAGUGGGGUCGGCGUCGCUGGCGCGCUGCGGGGCCACUUCGGCGGAGUGACGGCCGCUCCCAGGGCCACCUCCGACCUCGGCGAGUGUCUCCUUGCCAGCCACACCGACCGCACGCGGUCUGCCGUCGUGGUGUACCCCGAGGCGGCCUGGAGGGGCGCCAUCACCGGCGUGUCUGGAGGCGGCGCCGACGGCUACACCGCCACCAACUCCACCGAGAGCAUGCGAGACGACUGUCUGCGCGACCUGGGCGCUAGCCUGAUGCGCCAGGUCAAACGACAGCCGUACGUGCUCGAGGUGGAGCCGGGCCUGCGACGUCUGGCGGGCCUUAUUGCCUUCCCCACCGCGUCGACGAUCGUCGCGGUCGAUCUUGGCGGGCAGUGCGCGCACUGUCUGCGAUAUGCAUAA